UGCACAGCGGCGGGCAGGACAUGGUCAUCCACCGCACCGCCGUGCCCGCGCCCGCCACCGCCUGCCUGCUCAAGGUCGGCCCCAAAAAGGAGGUGGCUGAGUGCAAGGAGAAGUUUGCCAGCUCCGUGGAUCCGACCGUGAGCCAGACGUUCAUGCUGGACCGAGUGUUCAACCCCGAGGGGAAGUCCCUGACACCCAUGAGGGGGUUCAAAUAUUCCAGCUGGUCCCCUCUGGGCUGUGACGCCAACGGGAGGUGCCUCCUGGCCGCCCUGACCAUGGACAACCGGCUGACCAUCCACGCCAACCUCAACCGGCUGCAGUGGGUGCAGCUGGUGGACCUGACCGAGCUCUACGGGGAGCGCCUGUUCGAGGCCGGCUACAGACUCUGCAAGGCCGACACUCCCUGCGGGGAGCUGGGCGACUUCCCGGAGUUCCAGCGGCGGCACAGCAUGCAGGCCCCCGUGCGCAUGGAGUGGUCGGGAACCUGCACCACCCAGCAGGUCAAGCACAACAACGAGUGCCGGGACGUGGGGAGCGUGCUCCUGGCCGUGCUCUUCGAGAACGGCAACAUCGCCGUGUGGCAGUUCCAGCUCCCCUUCCUGGGGAAGGAGUCCAUUACUUCCUGCAACACCAUAGAGUCCGGGAUAAGCUCCCCCAGCGUGUUGUCCUGGUGGGAAUACGAGCACAACAACCGGAAGAUGAGCGGGCUGAUCGUGGGCAGCGCGUACGGCCCCGUUAAGAUCCUCCCCGUCAACCUCAAGGCGGUCAAGGGCUACUUCACACUCAGACAGCCCGUGGUGCUGUGGCAGGAGAUGGACCAGCUGCCCGUGCACAGCAUCAAAUGUAUCCCCCUCUACCACCCCUACCAGAAGUGCAGCUGCAGCUUGGUGGUGGCUGCAAGGGGCCCUUACGUGUUCUGGUGCCUCCUGUUGAUCUCCAAGGCGGGCCUGAAGGUCCACAAUUCCCACGUGACGGGGCUCCACUCCCUGCCCAUCGUGUCCAUGACGGCGGACAAGCAGAACGGCACGGUGUACACCUGCUCCAGCGACGGGAAGGUCAGGCAGCUCAUCCCCAUAUUCACAGACGUGGCUCUGAAGUUUGAGCACCAGCUGAUCAAGCUCUCGGAGGUGUUUGGCUCCGUCAGGACUCAUGGAAUUGCUGUCAGCCCGUGCGGGGCAUACCUGGCCGUCAUCACAACCGAGGGCAUGGCCAACGGGCUGCACCCCGUCAACAAGAACUACCAGGUUCAGUUUGUCACCCUCAAAACCUUCGAGGAGGCGGCUGCACAGCUCUUGGAAUCUUCUGUCCAGAACCUUUUCCGGCAGGUGGACCUGACGGAUCUUGUGCGCUGGAAAAUUCUGAAGGAUAAGCACAUUCCUCAGUUCUUACAGGAGGCACUGGAUAAUAAGAUUGAGAGCUGUGGUUCCACUUACUUUUGGAGGUUUAAGCUGUUUCUCCUGAGGAUUUUGUAUCAGUCCAUGCAGAAAGCUCCCUCAGAGGCCACGUGGAGACCUUCACACGAGGAUGCCAAAAUCUUGAUCUCGGAUUCCCCUGGGAUGGGCAGCACUGAGGAUGAUCAAGAGGAAGGAACUUCGAAACAAGCCAGCAAGCAAAGCCUGUGUGACACAGGCAAAGGUGUGGACUUAGAUGACACUGCAGAGGAUUCUCUCCAUCAGUCAAGUGACACUGGAGGGCGGGAGCCAAUGGAGGAAAAACUUCUUGAAAUACAGGCCCAGAUUGAGGCCGUGGAAAUGCACUUGACACGGGAACACAUGAAACGGGUGUUGGGAGAAGUUUAUCUACACACAUGGAUUACAGAAAACACCAGCAUUCCCACCCGAGGAGUCUGUGACUUCUUAAUGUCUGAUGAUGGCUACGAUGACAGAACAGCUCGAGUGCUGAUUGGGCACAUCCUGAAGAAAAUGAACAAACAGACGUUCCCGGAGCACUGCAGUUUGUGCAAAGAGAUCCUGCCCUUCACCGACCGCAAGCAGGCCGUGUGCUCCAACGGGCACAUCUGGCUCAGGUGCUUUCUGACCUACCAGUCCUGUCAGAGUCUGGUGUACAGGAGGUGUUUGCUUCACGACAGCAUUGCACGGCACCCAACCCCAGAAGAUCCUGAAUGGAUCAAGAGGUUAUUGCAAGGACCUUGCACGUUCUGUGACUCUCCUGUGUUCUAGAGAAAAGCUCUGCAAAGACUGAAAGCAUUUUCUCUACUCCAUAAGCUCCCUUCAGCCUUGAAGGACACAGAGCACAGGAACACAGACUCUGCCGGAGGGACAACACCUCAUCCACAGCCCUGUACAUAGAACAUCACAGGUUCUGGAAACUCCUCAAGUCCAGAGCCCAUUCCAUGCUCCAGAAACAGGAGUACACCUGGAAGAGCCAGUUUAAAAGAGGUUUGGAAGAGCACCCCAUGGAAGGCUCAGCAGCUGGACACUGACAGCUGAAGUGUUGAGCACAGUGUGAACUGUCCUUUCUGCCCAACUGUGUCAUUCCCCAAAAGCUGGGACGGGAACAUGGAGCUGCCUCUGGAAUGGUCCUGAGCAUCAGUGGCAGAGGUGUCGCCCUGUUUGUGAUUCCUGACACUUUAACUGUGUGGGAGGUGCUCUACAGCUGUUGAAAAAUCAUGGAAUUGUCCUGACAGCAUCAGUCUCCCAACAGUGCAUGUGUGAUUGGUGCUUGGUUCCUCGAUUCAAUGACUAUGCAUAUUUUGGUAACGUUCCUUCACCUUCAGUAGGAACGAGUUUUUGUUCAGCUCACAUUAAACAAGUCAGCUGUCCUUCUGUUCAGUGUCUCAUGCAUAAGCAUGAUUGUGCUGAGAAUAAUAUUACUACAGUAGCCUAGAACAGCAGAAGCACAUUCAUCUGUAAAAUAAUUAGCCUCGUUUGUAAAUAUCCUUGGAAGUGGUACCAUAAUUGUAUUAAAGAAAUGUUUAGUUUUUUAUUGCUGUGCAUUGAAAAUUGAAAUUACUUCAGUGUGUCUGCAAAGAAAGGAAAUGUAGCUCGUGAUGGCAUCCAGUAAAACACAGAGUAACCUCAAUACCCAACGUGUGUGGAGUCUGGGGCCAGCUCUGGGACCUGGGACAACACUGGACUCCUUCCCAGUGCUGAUGGGGCUUGAGGGGAACAGAACAUCCAUUUCCAGCAUGAGCUGAACAGGUGGUUUACUUGUGGUGCUUGAGAAAGUAUUCUGAGUGGAAGCUGCAAGUCCUUGCCCUGACAGUCGUGACCUGCUCAUCAGUAAAUGUUCCAAUUGAGAAACUCUCCUGCCUGUGGAAAAGGGGAGGGAGCUCUGCAGAACCAUGUCAGUGCUCUUAGAAAAAGUCAAAGGUCACUUCUUUGAUAGUGGCUCAGAAACCAUAAAGAUAUCCUGAUCUGCUGAAGUGUUCUCGGUCUGGCUGACCCAAAGGUUCAGCAUGAUAACAGAUCAGAUUGAUUCCUGGUGAUUACUUCUGGAACUCUUGAAUUUCCCUGGAUUGAGUUUUAAUGCUUUCCCAUGUAGAAGCUUAGCACACCUCACAUUAAUGGGGCGGCAUUAAUGUUUAUUUUCCUUGUCUCUCAAGGCAGUAAAUACUCAGUCUAGCAUUGCCAGUUUAUUUAACCUGGUUUCAGACUGCAGGGAGAGGGGAAUUUUAAAGCCCACAAUGUCAGCUUUGCAUGCCAGUGGCAAUCCUUUGGCACGAAGCUUUCACUUCUCACCUGACCCAUUCACAACAGUACACAGGAAUUGUGAUUUCAUUUUUGUUUAAACCAGCACUCAUCCCUCAGUGCAUUUUUAACCAGCACAGGCUGGAAUAGCAGAGCCCACCUCAGACAGUAACAUUUAACCCCUGGUGCUGCUCUGACGGAGUUUUUUUGCCCAGUGAGCAGCUGAGGCUGCUGCAGGAGACCUUUUGCCUCCUGGACUCAUGAUGUGCAGUUCUGGGAACACAGAGGUUAGUCCCGUUCCUGGAGCAGUGUAACAACCCACACACUGUCCUAAUCAAACCUCUUGCCUUCAUCCCAUGGGAAAGGCAAACUGGAGCAAGGUGGGAGCACCUGCUGCCAGAUCCUCGUGCUAUUUUGCCACUAAUGGAGUUACCUCCCCAAACUAACACAUAGCAGAGACACAAGGUGAAGUGUUGCAAGAAGAAAUCCCACAGAAUCAGGGAGUUUAUCUCACUAUGGUUUUGCCUAAGUUUUGCAGGAUAUUUCAAACAAGUGAAUAGUUGAAGGUUGUCCUCAACUACUUCACCAUUUGGUGGUGAACACUCUGGCUGUUCAUGAUGCCUCAUCUCCAGAGGGAGAAUCACACCAGCAGACACUGAGGGUUCCUGAUGCACUGCUGCUUUUUUUAAAGGAUUGUGGUAUUUGCUCUUGCAGCUGAGAAUUAAUAGCCAAAGAUUCUGUUCUGUAUCCAAAGCUAACGUGUCACUGUCCUUGAUGAGCAGCUUCUGAUAGCAUGUAAGAUUUGCUUCUCACACUGAUAACAGAGUUUGUCCCUCCUCCACUGGGAUGAAGAAAUCCAGGCUAGUCCAGGUUUGAUGGAUAAGCAGAACAGCUCUGGAUUGCACAGUGUCUCAGUGCCUUGGUGCUGGAUGCCAUUCUUGGAACGAAGGUGGGAGUUUGGGGUCAUGAGGACUCAGUCUUGUCUCCAAAUUACACCCCCUGCUCUGGAAGUGGUGACAGGGGACCUCAUUGCUGCCUUUUACUUCAAUUCAGCUCUGGGUCAGCGGCUUCAUCAUUCAGUCACCCUUUCCUUUUGUGUGUUUCCUCAUCCUAUUAAUCCUGUGGCAUAUCUCUAGAGAGGAAAUGCUAUGGUUGCUAAUGCACAAAGACAAUAAGUAUCUCCCUGAUUUUCUUAAAUUUACCAGGAUUUCCACGGGCUAAUGUAUCAUCAGUGAUCAUGAGCAACACAACACCACUUACUCUGUCCUCCUUAAGGGUUUCUUGACAUAAAAGAACUGAAUGCAAACACAGUCCUAGUUGAAGGCCAACAGAUCACACUGUUAUGCCCUGAAAUACUCUUUACAGGAGACCUGUUUGUACAAGUGUAAUCUCUCCAAUACAGAGCCUUUCCUCUAUGACUUCCUAUUUAGGAAGCAGGACAGCCUUGCAGGCACAGCUGCUGGAAGCUCAGGUGCCACCUACAGCUCUGGCAUUGGGGGGAGGAUGAGGAAGAGCCAUUCCUGCUCCUCAGAGCCAUGGAGCAGGUCAGGGUUAAUGGCUGGGGCUGGUGCCAUCACCUGAGCAGUAUCCAAACCUCAGGGGAGAGGUAAGAGCAGGGAAACCUUCCAGGAGCUACAGGGGGUUCCUGCAGAGAUGGUGCCAGAGGUACAGGGUCUCCUGUCCAGGGGUGUUCAAGUGUCCUUCCACCACUGAAGGAUCUGGUGUCUGGAGCAGGUGGCACAAAAGUUUGUGGAACAGUUGGACAAACAUCUUGUUGCUCAACUAGGUAAUGAACAGCAUAACAUAUAGGGUAUGGCACAACCUCCAAGCAGCCCUCUCUGCAAAGUGUCUCUGGGAAGCAGAGUGAUGGAAGAUGUCCAUUCCAGACCCAGACAAGCCGUACAAUAAGUAAAAUCUAAUCCCUGCUGUGUUCUUCCCACCUCCUCUUUACCUUGUUUUUCUCAUUGCUCAACAUUUGUUUUGCCAGAAUCAGAUGCUAAUAAAAUCAAGCGCAG